AGGCAAAUCCAGAAACACUAAAGGACUGGACUACAUUGCUUUUUGAAAAAAUAUCAUGUAUUAAGCAGGUUUAGGCAAAUCCAGAAACAGGUAGGUUUUUGUUGCUGGAUAUUGAGCAUUGUUGUAGGACAUGCAUCAUGUUCUCUUCAUUUAGGUUUUUGCUUGUAGUUGUAGGACAUACUUCAUUUCUUGCCCUGUCUUCAAACCAAGUAUUCUAAGUUCUAACUCAAAUCACUACCAAGUUCUUCAUUUGGAGUCUCAAGGCAGAACCAUGUGAUUCUUCAAUACCCCACCAAUCCCAAAUCUCUCUUCGCCACUUAUUCUCUGCUCUCUUCAUUUAUUCAAAUCCAUACCUAAUAUAGUUUGUCUCAAGAGUGUCUGCAAUCUAAAGGACAUAUGCCUCUGCAUCAAUAAUCUGGUCCACUCUUUCAUUUCCAAUCUUUAGCUGGUCCUGCAUUGGCUUCUAUUGAAACAGGUAGGGAAUACUGUUUGUCAACCAAACUGGCAGAGGUACUAUUUUUCAGCCCCAGAUUUCUAUUAAUAGUUUGAAAGACAAACCCAUGUGAGAGUUUAUUGACCUCCUAUGUCCUAAUGACCCAGCGGCCAAUAAAUCCAAAUUCAACAAGAUUUUUCACAUUCAUCCCUUCUAUCUAUAUAUACACCCAUAAACUUGGUUCACUGCCAACAAAAUUUCUCACAUCUCUACAUUAGCAUCUUUGCUUUGAACAACAAAUACUCAGAAAGUUAAACUUUUCUUGGAUCCUUACUAAAGGGGAAUCAAAAGGAAAUCAUGGGUAUUCGUUUUCCUACAAUUCUUACCAAGCAAAUUCUGCGGCGAUCUUCAACAUCUAUGGAUGUGCCCAAAGGAUUCUUAGCAGUAUAUGUGGGGGAGACUGAGAAGAAGAGAUUUGUGGUUCCAGUAUCCUAUCUCAACGAGCCUUCCUUCCAGGAAUUGCUCACUAAAGCUGAAGAAGAAUUUGGUUUUGAUCAUCCAAUGGGUGGUUUGACAAUUCCCUGUAGAGAAGACAUUUUCGUUUGUGUUACUUCUCAAAUAAACAGAUCAUGAAAGCAUGAAAAUUAAUCUCUAGAGACAAUUUUUUAUAGAAGGAAGUAAAUGUAAAUGAUUUUUUUCCUCUUCGAGCAGAUGAGGUUUUUUCCAUUAAGAAGUUAUUUUGUACAAUGUUCCACAUUGGAAGUAAAACUUCUU